AUGGACGGCGACGGUGGACAAGCCUCUCCUCGUCCUCAAUACAGAAUGGCUGACAGCCUCCCUUAUCCCACCCACCCUGCGUACAUUGCCCAAUACUACCCUGCUGCUCAUGUCAACCAUGUCAACCAUGGUCAUGUACACGUCGUUUCAUCAGUACCUCGACAAGAGACUACGCAAAGGAAACGACCAAAGUAUACUCGAAGUAAGACUGGAUGCUUAACCUGCCGUGUUAAGAAAAUCAAGUGUGACGAGACGAAACCCAACUGCAUGCGCUGCACACAUGGACAGCGGGAUUGCACAUGGCCAGAGGGCGUACCUGCGAGGAAAAAGUCAGCCCCAAGAAAGGAGCCUGGCGAUAGACCUUCCACCGCAGGAUCCUCAGGAAUAUCAGAAGCCUCUACACCACCAACGCGGGAAGCCACUCCUCCUCGACGAGGUCCGUUAGAUCUGGGCCUUCCGCCUCUUGUUUCUCGACGCCCGUCCGACCCAUACAUGCAAGCCAACACCAUGCUACCAGAUUCUGAAAUGAUUCGACGCCAGAUGCAACGCGAUCGAUCAAUGUCCGUCUAUACGCAACACACUCCGCCUACUUCACAUUCUAUGCCCAUGAUACCGGACAUGUCACAAUACCCAACUUCUCGUUACGACCAUCCAUACCCCAACGGUGUUUCUGCCGCCGUUUCCUCAUCUCGUCAUAAUCUGUCACCAACAAUGUCCAACAUGAGCCCAGUCAACUGGUCAAUGGGACCUAUCGGUAUUGAGUCAUACUACCAUAACACAUCGGACCGAACCCUAGUGGGUCAUGGCCACUCAGGAGAACACAUUAGAUAUCAAUAG